AUGUACACCGAUGGAAGGAAGAUCGUGGUGCUGCUCGAUAACGCCAACAACCACACGCUCACGACUGAGGGCGCCACGACCGAAGACAUGUUCGGGUUCCGCACGUGCGCCCUCGGGAACGUUCGCCUCGUGUAUCUGCCGCCGAACACGACCUGCUUCACCCAGCCCCUUGACCAGGGGCUUAUCUCCAUGGCGAAGGCGCGGUACCGCCAGCACUGGCUCCGCGCAUUCACCAGCAUGUGGUGCGCCGACGGCGCAACUACUGCGGCCGCGCGUUUCAAGCCAAAUUUGCGGCUCGUGCUGGAGUGGCUCAGCAAUGCAUGGAUGAACAUUGGGCCUCGUGCCAUCCAGCGCUGCUGGUGGCGCACAGGAUGUCUUCCGUACGUGUGGGCCAUGGCUCUCCCGCACGUAGGAGUCGACAACGGCAACAACGGUGGCGCAGGCGGCGGCGGGGGGAAUGCGGCCGACAUCGGCCUCGACGAGGAGGUGCAUGAUGUCGGCCUCCUCAUUGACCGACUGUGCCUCGGGCCGAGCGCCACGGCGGCCGCCGAUAUCGUCAACAUCGACGACAACCAGCCCAUCUGCGCCGAACCGGGCGAGGACCCGCUUGCGAGGGAGCCGGCGUCGCCUGCGACGCCCGUAAUGUGGGAGGCGCCUGAUAACAUGCAGGCUGUAUACGACGACUGCAACCCUACGUCCCGCGAAGCGCGGCGCACCGCGCGGGCUGCGUGCGAGAUGCUGAUCGGUUACGCGCGGGUGACGUGCAUCACCCCGCGCGACCUUUGCACCCUGUUCGACAUCCGCAACCCAAUCAUCGUUGCGCGGAUGGAGCGCGCGAACCCGCCUCUCAAUCUCAACCACGCCCCAUCCCCCGCCGUGACUCACGCCGACACCCCGCCGCCUGAGCUCAUCGAUGCCGGUGCACCCGCCGUGAUGAGCGGUUACCUGGCCGCCGCAGAGUGGAUGCGGCUGUGA